AUGGUCAAAGCGGAUUACUCUCGGGACUAUUACAAUGAUCUAGAACUGAACAAAAAUUCAGAUAUUGCUGAGAUAAAAAAGCAAUAUAAAAAGCUAGCUCUUGUGUAUCACCCGGAUCGUAACAUAGGGAAAAGUAAUCUAGAUGCCGCUAAGUUUCAACGAAUUCAGUCUGCAUACGAAGUCUUGAUAGAUCCCCUCGAACGGGCUAGAUAUGAUGUUAACCACAGAUUCGAUAGCUCACGUAAUACUUCGAGUAGCCAUACAGGCUACGGUCAACGAGGAAACCCAUGGUCUAAUGUUGGAAAAACUUAUCCCCCUCCUCCGAAACCACCAACCGCACGCAAUCGGCCAGCCCCUUUUGCGACGGAUGGUACCCGUCGCUAUGAGAAUUUCAAGCCUCCCCAGCAGUCUGCGUAUCAAGCAACACAAGAGGGUGCGCAGGCACGCAAGGCUACAUAUGAAGCAUGGGAAAAUACAAGAAGUCAACAAGAAAGUAACAAAACUGACCCAGGUAUGAAGAAAAAUAAUGGAAUCCCAACACCUCCGCCGAGAUCCAAUCGUCAGCCAGGCCGAGAGGAAAGGUCGUACAAUCAAUCGAAGAACAGCAUUCCGCAGCGCAAAAAUGGUUUUAUGCCAAGUACUCCUGGAGGUGAUGAACUUCCAGCACCGAAAGGUGCAUAUUCUACACUUAACGAUAAAUCUAGGCCUCCAGUUCCACCGCGGAACCCUGAGAAUGAUCCUCUACAAAGCUUUUCAAGCAAAAUAAAUUUGGAGCCUUCACUAGAGCCACGAGUCAGUACUCCGUAUGCCACUCACGGUGGUGAGAGAUUUGAUCCUUUCAACCAUAAAAAAGAUGCCUCAGACUGUUCAAGAUCUUCGAACGGAUCUAGAAAAGAGUCACCAAUAAAAGCUCCUCACCUCCCCCCUAGAUUAAAUACUGAGACUAGGCCACCCAUGCCACAGAAUAAGAGUCCGUCUAAAGAAGAUUCAAAUACAAAGCCCUUUCUCCCUUCAGCCACCGACAGCAUAAGAAAACCGGAUCCUAUUAAUCCAAGAGCAGCACGUAAGUUUUUGGAAAUCGAACGCUUAAGCAACCACAGAGCGAAUACCUGUUAA